AUGAAAAGAGCCAGUGCAAAUAGAUUUGUUUCCAGGCAGCCAAAUGAUUUUUUUGAAUUGGCUGAGAACUCUGUAGGCAGGAGCCACCUUGGGGUAAAUAAUGAAGAUUCUCCAACAUUAGCUGGAGGCGGAGGUGAGAAUAGGCAAUCACGUAGUCGAGAUGGAGUAUUCAACCGCUUGCGAAGGACGCUUUCAAUCUCGCGACGGUCACCACCAUCUUUAUCGGCUGUUGUUCCUUUCAAAAAUGGACCCGAAGAAGAAGUAGAGGAGAACGGCCACAUAUCAGUGGUACAGAAGACACGAGGGCCACAUUAUCGAUGUGUUCCUCUCCCUCCUGGCUUCAUACCAUCGGAGGUGUUUAUGAGUUUGGACCAUCAAGAUCAGUCCAGUCACACCGCUGAAAGUGGAAAUGCAGUGGCCACCAUCAAAUUUGAGAAAGUAGGGAACCAAAGUCCAACAACGGCUGCUAAAGAUGGUGUAAAUAGUGCCACGAACAUUUCAAGUGGCCAGCACAAAGUGAAGAGGGGCAUACCCCGACGCGUCUUGUACAAUAACUGGGUCGAUCCAAAAUUUUAACAUUUUUCCGCGAGUUUUGAACUGUUGUCGGUUGCUGUAAAGAAUUAUAUUUAUUUAUUUAUUUAACCACUGAAAACAAUCAGUUAGAAAUACGAGCCAGUAAGUAAUAUAAAAUAUAUAUUGAUUUAAGCGGCAAAACUCAACGGGUUUACAAACGGAGAAUUCAUACUAUUAAUAAAAGUCAAUUCUCGCGAAGAAGUCAUGAUAAUUUUUUGCCCGUUUUUUUCCAUUUAUUAUUAUAUAUCGUAAUUAUAUGUAAACAUGUUUAUCAUUUAACUAUCGCUGGUAAAGUUUUUUGGUAAGGAUUUUUUGUUAGUACUAGUAAAGUCUUUUAAAAACUUUUCAAACAUUUGAUGACCUCUGGUUUACACGCUUGCCAUAAGCGAGCCUAAAGAAGAAAGGUAAGCUUUCAUCAAUGCUUACUUGCCGAUUAUUAUUUCUUUCGGAAACUUGAGAUAAGCGUGAAGUUUUGGAGGUUUACAAGCUUGCUUUACAAAGAUGCAGUUAUAUGCACAGAAAACAUAUUACUAAGGACCCUCAGCAUCUAAAGCUGCUGGGCAUAGUGUGGGUCAUGCCUGAUUCAGCGAACCCUUAACCUCUGCGAUACCGGUGCAGCGCUCUAUCAAUUAAGCUAACGAGCCGAUUGUGGGCAGGUCGUUGAAUUGGCUCGUUAUAAACCCGUGAAAGGAUGAUGAUGAUGAAGUUUUGAAUAUAUAAAAAUCACAUAUAUGAACUGCGGAGUGAAGAAUUAAAUGAAGGACGAUCAAUUCGACGACCUGCUGUGUUAACUCCGGGUUAGGGUAGAGGUAGGUGGGGAGUGUCCCAGAAUCUUAUACUGUUUAAGACACACUUUUGGCUUUUGAGUGUUUCAUGGCCUUCGAGCGAGUAGGUCACGCUAUUUUUGAGCUCUAGUUCGGUGUAAAUCUCUGUUAAAUUUCUAUUACUAAAACCUAAAGCAAAGCGGAAGAAACCGAUGUCUUUCUUGCUUUUGAAUUCAGUGCACAUAUUUCUUCUUUCCUUUUUCUUUGCUUUUUACUUAUUAUAAUAUAAUAUCUGAUUUGUAAUAGAAUUAAUUUGGCACGCCUCGACUAGCGUUUUCUUGCUAACUGCGUUCCAAACAAUCGUACUUGUAAUGUUACGAUAAUAAAUGUCUAGUCUUGUCUUGUCCUGUCUUGUCCUUCAAAAUCCUCAAAUAUAAUAAAACCUCUUCAGCAGUAUUUUUCCAUGGUGGUAGUCUAGUUUAGUUUUUUUCGUGUUCUUGGCCCAGGAAUAAUAAAGAUUGGGAUUUUGUUGGUAAGAGAUCCAGGGAUGGGGUACCUGACCGAAGUUUAGGCACAGCGUUUCUGCUGAGGAUUUGAAACUUUGAAAUUGGUGAGGACCAAAAAACCCUAAGAUAACUACCCUGUGUGCAGGACAAGGACUUAUUUUUUUUUAUCUAGCGGCAUUUCUCGUAUUCGCCCAAUGAGGAGGUGCCCAUUAAACUGAAAACUUCCUCUCAACUGAAAAUGUCGGAUUUAUUGUUUGUGUGCAGUGGACAUGCAAGAAAUAUAUCAAAACGUGUGAUGCACGUGCAAAGUUGUUGUUUUGGUCGUUAGAUUUGACAGAAUGAUUUUUCAGUCUGAGUCGUGUCGUUGCCGUUCCUGUCAUGAGUUUUGCAAACACCUUAUCUGUUUGACAGGACCUUCCUGGUUAAUCUUCCUGAAAUUCUGGCUAUGUCGAAUUAAAAAAGGGUUUAACAUGCAGUUCACAAAACUUUACGUCCACGUGCAAAUGCUUGUUUUUUGAUUGGUUAACAAAAAACAGACGAUACCUUAUUAUGAAAAUCUUCGCUUCCAGUAUUGAUUAGCGCUAAAAAUGCGAAGCACACGCCUCGUUGACAGCGAUAACUUAGUCAUACGGAGAAAAGAAAGUUUAUUAAACAGAACGAACUGAGACCGUCCUGCUCUGGUAAGCUUAUUGUUACGUUAUCGCUGUUGUAUCACAGUCAGUGCUUUCACCUUUGAGGUUUCUUAUAUUUAUAAUAAUUUUGAAAACCUUGGCUAAAGUUUUACGUUGAGCUGCAUCAAAAAACCGUAAACUCCUGCAUUAAAAUGGGAAAUCUUUAUCUUUAUCAUUUUGCCAAGCAAACAUUUGUCAAGUUUCAUUUACAAGGUCCAAACAGCAGCAAAAUGUCACGACUUGGCAAGUUUUUCCUUUCCUACCAAAUAAAUUAAAAAGUUUUUCGCCUUACAUGGUUUAUUCCCCGAAGACCUUUUUAAAGAAUUUAUUUGAAAUGUUAAUUAAUUAACCUUACAAGUCCCAAAUGGCUUGCCCAGAGGUGUUUGUCGUAAACAAUCCUUGUUCUUGCUACAUAGACACGUGCAGUAACAAACUCCAAUCAGAAAUUAUUAUUCAAAUCAAACAUGACGUUGCUCCGCGCCACAUUCAAAAAUUGGAAACUUCAGUUGUGAGAGCUGGCGAAGGUUGCUCACGAAGGAGAAACUGUCAAGAGCCUCUCUUUUAAACUGCCUAGCUGUCUUUCUCAGCUUCUCAAAGAAAGCUAACUGUGAACGAAGAAGUCUGGGAUGUUAAAACCAGCCCACGAGGUGAAUUAUACUUAUAUACUUGUUAAAUUUAUCGUCCGUACGGUUGAAAUUUGUGUUCCGACGAGUCCAACUUAAAAUUAAGUUAUUUCGUUGUUGAAUGUUCUUGUUUUAAACUAGUUUGUCCUAAGAGGAGAAAUAGCGAGCAGAAACAAAGCCAAAUGUUCACUCAGCAAAAUUUAUUCAUAGUUUAUAAUUUUGAAAGCGCUGUGUAGUUCGUACAUGGUCGAACACGUGGCUGUCUAAAAUACAAGCGAAGCUCAAAUCAUAUUUUGCGCUUCAUCCAAAUUCAUAUUGGUGACACAGACAGUAAUUCACCAUAACAGACGACAAAUUUGAUUCAUUUUUUUCCCCAGUAUUCAACAUGACAGCGAGAUUUUUAUGAGGUUUAAUAACCUCGACGGAAACCGGCCACCGUUCCUACUUUAAAUGAUAUCAACUAAUAAUAGCUAUAGCGGAAAGCCUCAAAGUCUGCAGAAGGUUUAAAGUUUUUUUUUUCGCAAACUUUUAUACAAAAAUUUAUACUCAAAAGAAUAAAGAAAAAGUACCUUGCAUUAACGUGAUAUGAAAACGUGACUUGGUACUUGGUACUUGGUUUUUAGUUGGGCAAUUUCGAACAACUCUUUUUGUAAACUCGCUACUUGAGCUUCCUCGAGCGCAACUACUAUAAUCAGGCUUGAUUAUCUGAAAUUUGUUAAGGUCUUGCUCUGUCUUGCGUUGGAUUGUUACACUCAAACAGGGUCGUGUAAAAAACGAACCGUAGUUAAAUGAGUGAAUCGACGAGAUAUACAUGCAAUUUAUAGUUUAAAAUGAUUUUAAACAGUUACAUACGAUGAACAAUUAGACAACUGACGAUUAAAUAGAUUGGGAUCAGGAAUGACUUUUAAAUUGACAUCAAGUUGUAAAAUUGUGAUCAGUUUUUGCACAAGUCAGAUAGUUUUCAUUAUAUUUGGCCAGUUUUCAGAUUAACUGCCCUCUGAUAAAAACCAACCUCAUAUGAUGUCACUGCAUCACGGGCGAUCUGUCGCGCGAAUAUAUUGCGGCCUAGCCUGGAUUGUUACCAUAGUGAUGAACAUUACAAUUUACGAUUCAUUCUACAAAUGGAAAAGAUUCGUAAAGAUCGUCAGCACAGCCCCUGUAUUAUAUAGUUUGAUUGAGUCUUUGCAAACCAUUUCAGGGCAUGAGAGUUUUCAAUUACAGCUGAAUUUGAAAAAUUAAGUAUUACCGUAUUUUUCCUCCGUUUCUCUUUACGUAGCUCUCUGAAACGAUAAGAGCCUUUUCAUUACUAUUUCCCCAGCUUCUCUUCUUUUUAAUUUUUAGCCGUCAGACCAGACCAUCUUUCUCAGGCAGACCUCCAGAUUAGACCAUAAAACCAGACCACCACAGCAGCCCUUAAGAUCCGCCCCAGAUCAGACCACCACACCAGACAAUCAGAGGAGUCUCAGAUCCAGACCAUCUUCAGACCAGAGCACCAAAAUCAGCCAAUGA